AUGUAAAUAAUAAAUUUUAUAAUAAAUAUUUAAAUUUAUUACUUUUGGUAAAUUCAAUCUUUUGAUAAUCAUAAUUAUAUAAACACUCUUAACUAAUAAAUGCAUAAAAAUCUUUUCAGUUAACUUUUAUAGAAACUGGAUCAAUGUUUAUAACCAUGUUUAUAAUUAUCCUUUAUAACCAAAAUUUUAUUUUUUCGUCACGUAUAUUACAUUCAAAUCUUAACAAAAUUCGAAAAAAUCAUUUAUUUUCAUAACAAUAAACUUAAGUUACUACAAUCAAUAAUGUCUAAUUUAGCUGAAUCUAUCAAUAUUAGAGGAAGAACGAAGUUCUUUGUUAUCACAAGAGUUAAUAAUGAAGAAAAAUUGGAGAAUACUUUGGCUUUAAUUAGUUCUGUAUAUCACAUUACAGAUAUUUGUUAUUCCUUAUUUUUCAUUGAAUAUCCCGAUACUUCAGAUGAUGGAAUUGCAUAUGUUUUUCAUGUUGAAAAUUGGACUGACAAAAAGGCUGUAUUUAAUAAUAUCCAAUAUGGUCUUGGUAAACCUGGUGGUGCACACUCUAAUAUUUUUUGUCCAUUUUUAGGAGUGCAAUGUAAAGAUAAUAAGAAAUCAUGUCAAGGCGUGAAGAUUUGUAAAAUUGCUAAACCUGAAUUUAAAGAUGUAACUCAUUCUACACUUGCUGCCAUCAAUUCUAAAUGUUGUUAUAAUCAUAAAACUAAUAGAAGUAAUGUUAAUCAAUACUUCAUUGGUUGUAGUGCAUAUGUAUUUGGCACACGUCAUCGAUAUAUUAGUGAAAAACCCAAUGAUGAUAAAAAUUGUUUACAAAAACAAAAAUCAAUUCCUUACAUCAUAGAUGGAAAAGUUGAAUUAUUACCACUUGUAAAAACUGGGUGUAAUGUUAUAUUUCAUAAAUAUGAAUCAUUGGAUUUAGAAUCAUGCCCUUAUAUAGUUAUGGUUGUAAAAAAUACUCAUUCACAUCCACCUUCACCACCUCAUCGAACACCAAAUCACUUACAGCAAGAUUUGAAAAGUUUAAUUGAAAACUCUAAUGAUCUUUUAAUUGAUUUUAUUUCACGAAGGUUAAUUUCUGGUCCAUUGAUAAAAGCAGUUUUUGGUGAUACUGUUUUAGCAGAUGUUCAUGCCUCAAUGAAUAAUAUUGGUAAGCUUCGUAAUAUUAUAAUGAGAGAACAGAAAUUAUUACAUCCAUAUGGACAAGGUAUAAUGGGAGUAGUUCAUGCUUUUAAUCAAAAUGAAUCAAAUUUACGUGAUUAUAUUCAAAGGAUUAUAUUUAUGGAUGAUGGACAUAUUAUGAUAUUAUGUGUGUUUAAAUUACAAGCUGAACAUAUGUCAAAAUUUAAAUAUUUUAUGGUGGAUAUGUCCUAUAAGCGUGUAUUUGGAGAAAUUGAUGAACUUGAAUUUAAUGCCUAUGACGAAAAUAAUAAUAGUGUUGUAACUUUUUGUAGGAUAUAUUCAAAUGGAAGUAAUGCUAAGGCUUAUCAAUACAUGUUUACAGCUUUCUUUGAAGUUUAUGAAGAUUUAACAGUAGAAAAGCCAACUUUUUAUUAUUUCAAUUCAGAAAACUCUGAAAAAAAAGGAUGGGCUGCUAUUAUUGUUGAUUUGGAUAAAGGUCAAGCAAGCUAA